AUGAAAGGGACCGACAAGAACGUCGAGAGCGUGUGGGAAACACCUGAAAAGUUUUCAAGUUUGAAGCCCUGUUCUGCGAGUUCUGAGCAUCACGACCACCUACGGAAUGGACACUUUCGGGUUCGUGCUUUUACGAACUGGACAUCGAACACCUCGCCUGGCAUUUCCUCUCGAGAAGGGACUUUUGCGAGGAAUGUUCCCGGGAAAAGCUAUUCGGGCAUCGCUACGUCGAGCGAGCGUCUGCCGGUAUGCGGCAGACAGAUCAGCUCAUCACUGCGUCGUGGUGUCGAUGAUAGCGGAGACGAGCGCAGAACGAGGGAGCUGAGGAUUGAACGCAUCCGAGUGUGCAAAGCCAACAUCAACGGAGACGUCGACAUCGGGACAAGUACUUUGCGGGCCUGCAUGCGAGCAUUCCAAAGCCAAGAGAAGGGAAUAGCUUGCAACGGAGGCUCUUCACAUCGCAGAUGCGUGUCCACAUAUAUAUGCACUGUCACAGCCCAUGGUGGCCACCACCGUCCAGCAGACUCGGUUACCCGCAAAGGCACUAUCAACCCCCACCACCUCGCACCUGCGACCCCCGGCACACACUGGGGCCUUGCGCCCGGCGCACCACCCGCUUCUCCGGUUAACUUGCGCUCUUAUCAGUAA